UUGGGACUGUGAAUAUAAACUGGGAGCAUUUAAAAUCUGAACCCGAAGAGUGAAACAAUGGCUUACCGGAAACUCCCAAAACAUGUACAGAAAUCCGCCGCCGUUCACAGCCCAACUCCGCCGUCUGUUCUUCAGCUAUCGGUUCUCGACACUGCCGUCGGCGCUCUGUCUCCGGCCACGCAAACGCAGUUUACCCGCCUCGUGAAGACCCACUUAAAGCCUUCAUUCACACCCAAAGAUCUCCUCUCCUUCAUCAAAAAGCACAUCCAUUAUCACCCAACCCUAACCCACCUCGACUUCCACCUCUUCCGCCAUGCCGCCUCCGUCGACUCCUUCCGCCACGACCACUCAACUCUCGAAUGGAUGGCCCGGACGCUCGCCGUCUCGCACCGCCUCGACUCGCUCUCAUCUCUCCUCCAAUUCAUCGCCGCCAAUCCCUGCCCCUGCGCCGACGGUAUCUUCUCUUGCCCUAGAACUGAACCGAUUUUCCGUUUUGCUAUUAACGCUUACUGCAGAUCCGGUAGAUUCGACGAUGCACUGCUUGCAUUUGAUACUAUGAAGCGCUUGAUUGAUGGAAAGCCCGAGGUAGCUCUGUAUAAUAUUAUGAUUCAUGGAUUUCUUAAAUUUAGGCAUUACGAUAGGGCUCUUGAGUUUUAUGAUAGAAUGAUUAAGGAUCGAAUCAAGCCUGAUCUUAUUACUUUCAAUACCUUGAUCAGUGGCCAUUGUAGAAAUUCACAGUUAGGGUUAGCAUUGCAGAUGUUCAGGGAGAUGAAAAACUAUGGUUGUGUACCAAAUGUGGUUAGCUUUAACACUUUGAUUAAGAGGUUUCUUUGGGAAGGGAAGAUUGAGGAGGGGAUUGGGAUGGCUUAUGAGAUGAUUGAAUUGGGGCAUGAGAUGUCAAGUGUGAGUUGUGAGAUUUUGGUUGAUGGGCUUUGUAGAAAGGGGAUGAUCAAUAAAGCUUGUGACUUGUUGGUCGAUUUUUCGAGGAAAGGAGUAAUGCCAAGCGGGUUCGAUUACUUUGCUGUAGUUGAGAGGCUGUGUGGUGAAGGUAAUGUGGGGAGAGCAAUGGAGUUGGUUAAUGAGUUAUGGAGGAAGGGGAACACUCCAAGUCUAAUUGCUUGUACAACCUUGAUUGAAGACUUGAGAAAGGCGAGACGGAUUGAAGAAGCGUCUAAGCUUGUAGGAGAUAUGCUACGCAAAUGUAUAGUUCCUGAUGGCGUGACCUUUAAUUGUCUGCUCAGUGAUAUGUGUAAUGCUGGGAAAAGCGUGGAAGCGAAUAAGUUGAGGAUGUUGGGUUCUAGUAAGGGAUUGCGGCCUGAUGCCAUGACAUAUAGUAUUUUGAUAUCUGGGUUUACCAGGGAGGGUAAAAGUAAAGAGGGAGAAAUUCUAGUGGAUGAGAUGUUGGAUAAUGGGUUUAUACCAGAUAUUUUUACUUAUAACAGGUUCAUGAACGAACUCGCAAAAGCAAAAUGUUGAUACCGAGUUAGCAACAAUUAUCUUUGAUGGAGACAAUGCUACUGAUUUCACUUUCAGCAGUUAUUUAGGUUCUUAUAUGCUAAAUGCCUGUUGAGUGUUGAUGUUAUCUUUGGUACAAGAGGUUGAUGAAUAAGCUCAGGGAUUGCUAAACAGGAAAGGCCAAAAGUAAGAUGUGCAUAGUAUAACCAAUACCUCUCAAUCUUUCUAGUGAAGUGAAGGUUAAUAUCAUCUAUGACAGUAAUUGGAUCCAGUGGGGAAUCUUCGUUUUAUGCAGCAACAAGCCCGGUCUUGAUUUGGUACAAAACCAUUUCCAUCUCCUCUGAUUUUGUUUGCAUCAUUUGUGAUCCUUUGCUUCUGCUUUUGUAUGCAUCAUUUUGGUCUUGAUUUGGUAAUAUUUGCAGCUUCUAAGUGCACAGGUCACAUGAUGAUACUAUGAAAAGAACUUUUGUUGGACAAGGAGUCGUAUGAGCAAGAUUAUGGUCCCAUAUUUGGGAGCAAAGGUUCCAUGUCCAUGAUGCUGGUCGCUGGGGAUUCUGAAUACAUGGUUCGAAUUUCCAUCGCAAGUUGCCCGGUCAGUCUUCCGGGUUUCAUCCUUCAUGUAUGCUCAGCGCACAACAGACCUUUAUCAUCUCUGAUCGAUUAAGGUCUCCCAAUGACCCUAAGGUGAACAGCUGGAUUCGAAUUCUUAUAGUGCUAUUUGAACAAGACUUUAUGAAUUGUGAAUUGUGAUCGGUCAAAGUGUCAAACCAAUCGCAAGUUGUCCUUCAGUCUCCAAUAUGGUUUCUCUUAUUUUAUGGC